CCAGAGGGGUCCCUAGUCACCAUAGAGGACCCGCUUCCUAAGGAGACCAGGGAGCAGCAGGAUUCUUCCAAAGAGAGGAGUCCUUGCGGUACAGGAGUUGACAUCUACCAUAUGGGCGCCCUGCAGUGCAUCCGCUGCCUCAUCUUCGCUAACUCCAAGUUCCAGCAGCAUCACAUGAAAUGGGAGCACCCAGCAAGCACAGCCCAGAAGCUGCAGGGGACCCUCUUCAUCUGCUUCACCUGCAGCUGCUCCUUCCUCUUAUCCAAGGCCCCGAUCACCCACCAGCACAGCCACAGUCCCACCACCAGGCCCUCCCUGCUGGCUGUACCACCACUGUUCAGCCCACCUUCCCCUGUUCUGACUGGCAGGACCUUUGGUCAGGCUCUGAGGUGGCACUGCCAGGUGAGUGAGGCCCGCACCCCUCCUGGCCUCUGUGCUUGCACAGAGUGUGGGCAGGACCUUGCCCAGGAAGCUGGGCUGCAUCUACAGUACAUCCGGCAUGCCCGUGGGGAGCUUGGAGUGCAGCUUCAGCCCUCCCUAGGGCAUUGGGGGUUCUAUGGCUGGUGGAACCCUCCUCUGAUAUGGGAUGGGCCCUUGGAAUUUGCUUUCCUCCCAGGAAAGGCAAAGGGCUAUUGAGAAGUAGGGCCCAGAAGAUGUUUCUCAUUUAGAGCUUCAGUUUUUGGAGAACAGAAAGGCCUUUGGGGAAUCAGGGAAAUCGGACAAUAGUCAGAUGUUUUGUUUAAAAAAAAAAA